CCUAUUUCCCGGACCUUCAAUCCCUAUAUUCUUGUCCCAAAAACCAUAUCGCCGCAAUGUUCGACGUGGACUGGCUCAGUCUCGCCGUCCCAAUCGCCUACCUAGGCAUUCUCUUGGGAUCGCUUGCUACAUUCUCCUCCCUCUACCGCAAGCGCAAGUCCCACAAGGCAGCAUCUCUAGAGCCAUGGUUCCCCGCCCACCUCCAGCGCGAUAUCUACUUCUCUCUCCUCCAUCUUGAACCCUCAGCAACCUCCACAAAAGAGAAGAAGGCCCCCGCCAUCCCCGACUCUAUCUUCAAGGCUUCUCUUCUCCGUCGCGCAGCCGAAGACAUCCGUCGCAUUAUGGCACUGCGCAGCCAGAAGCAAGCUCUCACAACACUCGUUCAACGUGGUAGUGUCGGGGAUGAUCUCUGGCAGCGAUUCCAGCGCGCGGAGAAGGAGAUGGAAGACGAGGUCAAGGAUGUAGUUUCAGAGGCCAACGCCUAUGUCCCCGGCUGGGGCCAGACUAUCUUCCAGUCCGCCAACGAAAUGAUGAAUAACGAUAUCUACCGCAAGCGCAUGGACGAUCAACAAAAGAAAUUGGAAGAGGAGCGCCAGUGGUGGAGCAAGAAGAAGACGAGUAUCCAGGAGGGAUUUAUGAAGGAGUUGAAUGAGGGCUCGGCCGCUUCUACCGAAGAGGCGAAGACUACCAGCACCACAACCAAGUCCGUUGAGGCUCCUCCCACAACCUCUACCGCCGGUACUUCUGUCCAGGGCAGUGAUGACGAUGCUGUUCUUGUGGAGGCUGAAACAUCCUCGAAUACGCCUGCUUCUCCGCCAAGCGCAAAGAAGAAGGCCAAGGGCAAGAAAUAG